UUUUUGUCACUCCGCCACUCCUACUCUGUUACAAACGCGACCUCAUCUGUUGUUGCUGAUGCGGCCACCGCAGCUGCGCGGAGGUGCGAGGCGGCGCGAUGGCUGCGACAGAUGGAGCCGGCGUCGGCGGAGUCCCUGCCGGAGAGGCCGUCAGAAGAGGAGUUCUGCGCCGCGCUCCGCAACGGCCUCGUCCUCUGCAACGUCCUCAACCGCGUCAAUCCCGGCGCCGUCCCGAACGUGGUGGAGAAUCCCGUCGUCACGGUGCAAACGUUCGAUGGGCCGGCACAGUCUGCAAUUCAGUACUUCGAGAACAUGAGGAACUUCCUUGUUGCAGUUAGCGCGAUGAACCUGUUGACGUUUGAAGCUUCUGAUAUAGAGAAGGGAGGUUCGUCAAUGAAAGUUGUCGACUGCAUACUUUGCCUCAAGGGAUACCACGAGUGGAAGCUCUCAGGUGGCAUUGGUAUAUGGCGGUAUGGUGGCAUCGUGAAGAUCGCAUCCUCUAUCAAAAGGCCGGCUUCACAUUUAUCUAGGGGUGGAGGCUCAGACCAACAAAUGCUGGAAUUCGUGCAUCUUCUCUCCGAGUCAUUCCUCCUGGAAUGGAGUGAAGCUGAAGACUUGCCUCUAGAUGAUAUGGUAAUUGAAACAGUACUCGAGCAAGCUUGUAAAGAAUUCACCAUUCUGCUCGCUUCUCACCGAAAUCAGGCCACUUUUAAGGAAGAUGAUGAAGGAUGACAAUGUAACUCUUUCUAAAUUACAAUUGAUUGAAGCUAUUUCAAAAUGUCUGAAGGAGAAUAGUCAGUGCUUAUUCUCUUCAUCGCGAUUACCUCAUGGCAACAGCGAACACUUGGAUUUUAGAAGUGGACUUGAAUCCCAGGAA